UUCUGAAAACGACUAUUGAUCAAAAGCCGGGUAGGCUUUCUCAGUGUUCAGGGUGUCAUUUUAAAGCGAAAGGAUAUUCACUGGUGUGAUCAAGAUGAUUUAUACCUUAAUAAACAUAUAAAGAUGCAAUUAAUGACAUGACGUUCGAAAGAUCUUAGAAGGAGAAAUUAAAAUUAUAAUUCUUUGCAGACUGAUAAGAAACUCGUUUGAGAUGGAGGGCGAUAUUUGUGAAGGAGCCUCUGCAUAUAUCACAGAAGAGGACGCACUGCCAACAAGACCAGCUAGUGUAAAGGCUAUCGAAGACGCGGAAUUACACAGUGGUAGAAUGUCCAAAGGGACUACUGACGUUGCAGGGGGUUUACGCCAACAAAUUCCUUCGUGUAAUCCUUCUCACGGAAGGAGAGAAGCACAAAAAGAGACUGAAAUAGGAAGAUGUGAGAACCUUUACAUCGGCUGUUCCUUUGAUCUAAAGAAAAACACAGUUUCAGAAAGUCAUAACAUUUCCACCAAACGGGCAAAGAAUCUGGCAGGUAUUCACGUUGUCAGUACCAUUCUUGAGGGUGAAGGAUUAGGUAAACCGAUGCCAUUUUUCAACUUGGAUGAAGCGGUUGAAAGGGAAUCUAAACAAGAACGCUUCAAGUCGUUUAAAGAUAUGUCUGGCUGGCCACUUAAUGACUUUCUUAUUUAUAACAAAGAUAAGUUCGAUUUAACAAAACGAAAGCACAGAAAAUUCGUGAAAUUGAGACGAAAAGCAAAAAAAGGACCUCAAGAUACACAAGACAACACUCCACCUGACACAAGUACAUUAGAAGCAGUCGAUGUAAUAGGAUGGGAAACUGUUGUAAACAAAUCAUACACCCAAAGUUCUGUCAAAAGCAAUGGCGAAUCAAGUCCUCAACUGCGUUUAAAAGAAAACACACAAGAAACUAAAAGUGGACCGAAGAUAAUUUCUGCAGGGGAAUUAAAUAAACCUGAUGGCGACUUCAAAAUAGAAGAAUCACAUGAAAACAAACAGCGCGAAGAUACCUCGUAUUCUGAAUAUACCCAUUCACAAAGCAUUAUUGAAGACUUCGACCAGGACCAAUUUCUACGUAUUGUUUCUGCUGGGCAAACCAUAAACAGUCGGUUUAUUGACUCAGUGUCAGUGUACGAAUCAGAUCCAUUGUUGUUUUCUGUUGAUUUGGUGAGCUUAUGGAAUACGCCACACAGCGUUAUGCGCCAUAUACUUAUAGGCGUCGACUCCAACAAGCAGCUGAUUGGGGUUGAAAAGGCAGUUGAUAAAUAUUUUUUCGAAAACAUUUUCCUUGGAUCUCAGUUUACGAUGAAACCAUCAUUUCAAGUGAAGAAAGUAUCUAUUGAUUCAAAACUGUUCUAUGUUAUCGAUAUUGCAUCAAGUCGUGGCCAUGGUAUACCAUGUAUUGUUCAGAAUGAUAACAGAUCAGAAAACGUAACCAUUCAUAAGAAUGACCUCUGGGUUAGGAAUGGGAAUCAAAAUGUUGUUUGUGAACAGCGCUCUUUGGAUAUCGGCACAAUUUACGAAUGGUUUUUGAAGACCACUUCGUCGAAUUCUCCGAGACAGUCACCAUUGCAGCCUGACCAUAUUCGUAUGCCUUCAAAAUCCCCUUUGCGUGACAGUUCAACCCAAAGCAUUUUAUGCAAUGAAUUUGACGAAUUUAAAACACAAGAAUUUCAAAAUGAAGAGAAAACGUUUCAUACUCAAUCCGAUUUUCAUCAUUUCUGGCAGGAAGUCAAUGGAUUUGAUAAGGGUCACUUUGCUCUGCUUACUGGGGAUGUCUGUUGUUCAGCGAAACACAUUUCUGCGUUUGGUCUUCUGCCUUGGCUUAGUGUCUACGACCUCGACAUUUUCAGUUCAUCCAGUGGUUUGAUGAGUGCUGUGGAAAAUACUUUAUCUGGAAAAAGACAUCUUAAAGUUUUCACAUGGAAUGACUCAGCCGAAUCUAUAUCAGAUCGUGGCACGCGAUGGUGUUUUCUUCGAGGAAGACGAGAGAUCAGCAGUAGCCGAACGGACUUGCAAAAUGACGAAAUCGAAAAUCACAAUAUUUGGUUCAAACAAGUGAAACGUGGAAUAGAUUCAAACUGUGAAAAACUGGCUAAUUUUGUUGAAGAUUAUACAGUGCUUACCAUCGUGAUGUUAUGGCCCGAAAAUGAAGUAUUAGUUCCAUUCAUGUCGAAGUUUCUCUACAGACUGAACGACACUUUUUCAUAUACGCCUAAUGUUGUUCUAUUGAUGAACUCGAUGAAACCGAAAACAGAGAGUGGUCAAAGGCGUUUGGCUACACUAGAAGAAGACUUUGCCAAUAACAUUCAGGUAUUUCAUAUAAAUUUUGAGACACUGUGUUCGGCAAUACAAAGCUCUGUUUUAAAUAAAAAGAGAGAAAGCGUCGGUCUUAGACUCCCAUGUACAGAAGAGCGAAACGUAGAAAAAUGUAUACGAAUAUCUGAAAAGGAUUCUGCAUGGCUUGGCGAAGACAUUGAAGUUUUGCACUUAGAAACCUAUGACUUAACAGGAAAAGAUGUGUCAAAAGAAGUGACCGACUUCUAUAAAGGUGGGACGUUACCUUGGUGUGCUUGGUACACUGUUUCAGCACAGAACGCUGUUGUUGAACGAAAUGCUGAAAAGGAUCUUAUUGGUAAACUUCAAAGGCAUCUUGAUGACUACAAAACAUCAACAGUCACAUUGUUUCAUGCGCCUGGCGCUGGUGGAACAACUUUGGCUCACAGAGUUCUCUGGAAGCUACACACAACUUACCCUUGUGUACAUCUUAAACUCAGGACAUCUUUUCAAAUGGAAGAUCUUGACAGAAAGAUUUUAUUUUUAUACCAAAAGACAGGGAUGUCAGUCUUGUUACUUGUUGAUGGCGAAGAAGAAUCGAAAGUACGGUAUCUGUCCAGGCGAUUGAAGUACACAGUCAUUUUGUACGUGAAAAGGUAUCCGUACUCAUUUAAAACACCUGUUACAUUAGAGACUGAUAGAGUUUUUCUUUCCGGAAAUGUUUCAUAUGAUGAGUCCGUUGAACUUGCAAAACGGUUUGGAGAAAUGUGUGAUGAAGAUAAUAAGAUAACUGCUCUUGAGAAGUUGUCUCGCUGUGUCAAAAAAGGAGAGGCGCAUUGCAUGUACGAAUUCGGUUUAACGGUGUAUCUUCAUGAAUUCAAAGGAAUAGUGUCGUACGUCAGUGGAUACCUCCAACUACACAUGAAUACAACAAGGGAACUUCUGCCUUUUCAAAAAUGCCUCGGGUAUUUGGCACUUGUGUACUUUUAUGGUCACUGCAGUGUGCCUUGUCAAUUUUUUGCCGCUCUAUUCAGCAAACCACCUAAUUUCAAAAUGGCAAUAGAAGAUUUUCCAUCACCGAUUCAGGAAUUCGUGGUUAAUGAUGUGAACGAGGGGAGAAAGAACAACAUACGGAUUUCCCAGAAUAUCAUCGCUCAGGAAAUAUUAGAACAAAUUCUGUCUUUCUUUACAAAAGGAAAUUUGGAGGAAACCCGAACACACACUCUCACUCUGACGGCAAGAAAAUCACUCUCAAAAUUCUGCAUUCAUUUCAUUGAAUAUACGAGCCAAAAGAAAACAAAGACAGCGCUGUCAACAACUGUUAUGUUUAUUUUAACAAAAACAUUUAUAUUCAGGGAUGAACGUGAUAUGGGGGAUAACGAAGAACAAGUUAGGAGGAAACCGGUCUUGUCGAAUGUCAUGAUAGACAUUCCAGCUGGAAAACCGCUCUUUACAGAACGUUUGAACGUUUUGAAAAAGCUGGUCGACUCAUUUCCUGACGAUCCCAAUUUCCAUGCCCAUUUGGGGCGAUUUUUCGCUUUUUGUAGACAAGACGAAGAACAUGAAGCAGAGAAAUGCUUUCAGACUGCUGUGAAACUUUGCGACGAUCUAGUUUCUGGCAGGACACACGACAAAAUCGACGAUGGCAUGAAACUAACCAUGAUGCAUAUUUUUCAUAUGUAUGGAAUAGUCAAGCAACGAUAUGUUGCAAAGUACACAGGAAGAGCCCACAAAGAGAAAGUUGUUGCUUUCAGCGAAGAGACAAUAUUCAUUGAAAGGUUAGAAGAAAUACUGCCAUCUGCUGAGGAGGCAUGUGAGUUUUUCACCAAAUCAAGAAGCAUAACUCCAGAAAGUCAUGAUGUGUAUGUUUACGCAUACACAGGAGAAAUUCAAGUGCGUCUCCAAAUAUGCGACUUCAUAAACAACUUCCAGCAAGGUUUAGGUCUGGUAGAAUUUCUAAACACAACAACGAAUCAAAGAGCUAAACAGUUCGUUCAAAAGAGCAUACCAUUAAUUGAGACAUUAGUCAUAGAAUGUUACAUGGAAGUUGAUUUGUUGAAUGCCGAUCUGGAAUCUCUGAGAAAAAAUGUGGUAUGGUACAACAUGUUGUUCAAACGACAAGCGUUGCCUCUUGAAAUGUUUGCCAGCGAAGACGGCGUCAACGAUCGACGCUUAAAAAUUGCCUCAAAGAAGCUAAAACAUUGUAAAACAAGUACUGGUAUACUGAAAGGGAUUGAUGAUGUUGAUGACGAAAAUGAUAUCGAAGAUAUCAUUACUCUAUAUGAAGAAAUUUUCUCAGAAAUCGAUAAUCGAGGUCAUCGCGUUGAAGGUGAUAAAAAGCUACUUGAACGCGAGUUCAGAGAGUGGAUAUACGCAAUUCGACAUGAGAAGUUUCGGAAAAACUACACGCUUGAGGAAGUUUUAACACAGCUCACUGUGUGGUAUGAAAAUGUCCGAUCACCCCUGUCAGUCUUCUAUAUGUUCAUCCUUUACAGUCUCCUCGGGUUCGGUACGAGCUCAACGCCAGGAAAAACAGAGUGCCUUCUAGAAGCUCUCGAGUUAAUAAACUUAAUGAAAAUGAGCCAUUUGGUCAUCCGUCCAAAAUAUCCAAGGGAGUGGUUGGGAACUUCUGGAGAAGGUAUAAAGCGUUUGAAACCGAGCGACCGUUACGUUGGGAUAUCUGAGGAUGGUGGUUCGUCCCAGUGUGGACGACUAAGCCUGGCUGUUUGCAAAGGAACAAUAUGUCGCCCAAACACCAACAGUGUAAACGGCAUGCUUGCAUUAGAUCUUGGGGUAAAAACGUCUGAUGUGAAGGUCUAUUUCAUACCAAAGAUGGUAAAACUUGAAGGUAGUCGAUAUGCUGGCGAAAGGGUCGAGUUCAACCUGGCAUUCACUAUUAAACACGGAUAUGGAGCAUUCAAUGUUAAACUGUUAAAACGACAUUCAUGUAGCAACUGCAGUUUAAACAUUGAGUUCACCAGCGUUGAAAAUACAAUAACAUGCAAAUGUGGUAGCGACGUGCAUAAAGAUGAAAUGAACGAAUACACUGGCUGAUACAGACACCAAAAGCGACGUGCAAGUUGACUUCAAAUCAGAAGAAAUUAUUUAUAACGAAGUUUUAACCAAUGAAAGUAUUUUUGAAAUCUUGAAUCAAAUGUACCCGUGAAAGAUUAAUUAUGUUAAAGAAAAAAGACAUGUCAUCUAGUCACACUGCAUACCAGAAAAGCAGCAACAUAUUCUAGAAUUUUAAUAUAAAGAAGAAGAGAAAAUGUAUCUUAGUUUAAACAUUUCUUUUAUUUCAAAAUUUUAAAUCUAUGACAUUGUACUAUUAAAACAAGUAUCUUUGUUUCACUAUAUAGACAUGCAUGUCUUUCACAUUCCGUAAGGGUUUCAUAACAUAGUAUUGUUACACAUAAGCUUUUUUUCUAAAUGAAUUAUUUAAUUUUGUUAUAGUAAAUAUAAAAGGUUGUGAUUGUUCCAAAGCGCAACAUCGUUAGUUUAUUUUCAUUAUUACUACUUAUGUGACAUUAUAUCAUUAUGUAAAUAUUUAUAAUUUUUAUUUAUAUUAUUUAUUAAUGGGAUUGUCCCUGUAGUUAACAUUGUAUUAUUGUAUAACUUAACUGUGAUAUAGACGUUGAAAUAGCAAAUAUACUUUUAGCGUCGAGGUUACCAUGUUAAAUGUAUACUGUUGCAAAACGUCAUCUUAUAAGCUCGUCUGUUUUCCAAGAAGAAAAAAAUGAAGUUUAAGUAUUUUGAUAGCCUUGGUGUCGUCGUCGGUGUCGGUGUUGUUGUGUAAAAACUUUAAGCUUGAACAUAGCUCAAAAUACAUUCAAUAUAUUCAAAUGAAAUUUGGAACACGUGUUGCCAGAGACAAUUCGCACACGAACUCUGGUUUUCUUAAAGUGUUGAGUUAUGCCCUUUGAUCUAUUAAAAUUCGCCUAGUCAACUUAAAAUGCUAUUCUCCUCAUUAGCUCAAAUAAUGAUCAUUUCAUUAAAACUUCCGCCCGGCUUCGGCUUAAAUGUUAGAUUAUGAUUAAUUAAUUUAAAUUGGCAAGUUGUUUUAACCCCUUGCUAUAUAUUCUGUAAUAUAAACAAGUGCUUAAAGUUUAGAUAAGGAUUAAUUGAUUUAUCAUUCCUGCGUCUUAUAAAUUAUUAUUUUCUGUUGAUGUUGGACAUUUUGUUUCAUUUUAUUUGAGCACGAAAAAGUAACUUUUCAAAAAAUGUCACGCGUUUCUUAUACGAUUUUAAUACUGAAGAUAAAGGGAACAGUUUAUUUAUUUCAUUUUGCACUUCAUAGUUACCUGAGAUAAUACACACAACAAAUGUGUUGCAGUUUUCCACGUAAAAAAUUUUUUUGGCUUUAAAAAGAGGAAGCAUGUGUUCAAAAUUAAUAACAAUGAAAGUGAUGGUGUCUGAGAAACUUAACAUUUUUUAUUUGGUCUUAGGCUAAGGGACACUAUAUUACGUUUACAUAUGUAAACGUUGAAUUGUACUGUGUGUUUGUAUAUGCACGGAUCAGUACUACAAUGAGUAAUGUUUGUUUUGUGGUAAGUGACAUGUCUCACAAAUUCAGACUUGCUCAUUAUACAGUUCUAUUUUUACUGUUCAUAAAGAGAUAUAUUGUUUAUUUUAGAAUGUAUUAUUUUUUACAUUGUUUUAGGUCUCAAUAAAUAUGUCAAAUA